CUUUUCCGUUGGCCUCACUAUGGGAAGCUCAUCAUGGGUGAAAUGCUGUCCAUUAAGGUUUACAACUGCAGCAAGGUGUUCAGUAACAGGCUGCUCGGUACCCUCGUCCUCAGCCUUCAGCACCUGAUGACAUCCGGGAGGCUGAUCCUGCGGGAGGCCCUUGUGGACAGGAACCAGAGAGUCACUGGUAUCUACAUUGAGUUGGAUUUGCGCUACCAGCCUCCAAAUGGCUCAGCAGGGGCCUGGGUUGAAGAGGACUUUGUCUAUCAGAUGAAAGACAGUUCAGAGUUGAUCAUCUGCAAUCCUGGAUUUGAGGAGCAAGAGACUGCUGAGGGUCUGAGAGCAAGUGAGCUGGACAGGAAGGCAGCUGCACUGGGCAGGAAGCUGGCAAAAGGCCUGGAGACUGAGGAGGAGGAGGAGGAAGAAGAUUUCUAUGAUACAUCUGAGAUGGAAGUCUCAGGCAUCAUCUUCAGCCCUGUGAAGAGCCGCUCCAGACUCUGCUCCGCACGGGACCUCUUUGCUAUCCCAACCCCGCAGAGCUUCCAGGUUGGCAUUAAUGUAAUUGAAGCCCAGAAGCUGGUGGGGGUGAACAUUAACCCCUUUGUUGUAGUCAAGGUUGGAGAAGAGAAGAGGCACACAGCGACGCAGAAGUCAACAAACUGCCCCUUCUACAAUGAAUACUUUCUGUUUGAAUUUCAUGAGCCAAGGGACAUUUUAUUGCAUAGACUCAUAGAGAUCUCGGUUUUUCACUCAAAGAAGAUCCCAUUCCUGGGAACGUGCAUAGGAACGUUCAAGAUGGAUGUUGGGACAGUGUACAGCCAGCCAGAUCACAGGUUUUUCCAGAAGUGGGCAGUGAUCAGUGACCCCACGGACACCCGGGCGGGUGUGAAAGGCUUUGUGAAGUGCAACAUCUCUGUCACCGCACGUGGGGAUGUUGUGGGCUCCCUUCCCACCUCCUCCAGCAGCAGGGAUGAGGAUAUUGAAAGGAACCUGCUGCUGCCUAAGAGAGUCCCUGCAGAGAGACCCUGGGCCAGGGUCUGCGUCAAGCUGUAUCGUGCCGAGGGCCUGCCCAGUAUGAGUGCAGGCAUCAUGGGUGGUUUGUCCAAGAUCAUAGGGGAGAGAAAAGUCUUUAUCGACCCGUAUGUGCAGGUCUCAUUCUGUGGGCAACAGGGGGAAACAUCAGUGGAGACCAACACCACUGAGCCGGAGUGGAAUGAGCAGAUCAGUUUCAUCGAGAUGUUCCCACCUCUGUCCAGGAAGAUAAAGGUCCAGGUGCUGGAUGAUGCCAAUGUUGGUGACGUGGCCAUUGCUACACAUGGCAUCGACCUGCAGGAGAUCUCAGACCCUGACAGGAAUGGCUUUAACCCCACGUUUGGCCCAGCCUGGGUGAACCUGUAUGGCUCCCCCCAGAACUCAGCUCUGCGGGACAUCCACAGGGACCUCAAUGAGGGCAUGGGCGAGGGCAUCUUCUACCGCGGACGCAUCCUCAUGGCCGUCACAGUGGAGAUCUUCAGCAGCCCCUGCAUGGCAGAGAGGAAGCUUGGAGACAGGAGGAGAAGUGCCCUAAGCAAACUGAAGCUGAAGAAGAAAAGUAAAAAAUCCAAGGAAAAAGCCAAAGAACUGAGCCAGCUGCAGGGAGAGGGUGAGGCUGGGAGCUCUCAGGAGGCCGAGCAGCCUGGGGAAGUCACUGUGGAGGUGGAAGAGCUUCAUCCGCUCCCCGAGAAUGCUUUGGGAAGAAAGGAAGAAUUCCUCCUCUUUGCUGCCUUCUUUGAAGCCACAAUGAUGGACUCCUCUCUCAGCUCUAAACCUGUCAGCUUUGAAAUCUCUAUAGGAAACUAUGGCAAAUCUGAAGAGGCUGUGACCAAAGGAUGGCGAAUGAUGGAAAAGGGAGAGGUGAAAGAAGAAAAGCAGCCUCUGCUGGAUGCUAGUUCAGAUAGUGAACUGGAUGCUGAAGUCCUGACCAGAGCUUCAACACCACGGCACAAGUCAGUGACGAAGAGCCAGAGACCAGAGCCCAUGGAGUAUGACAGGUCAUACUGCUGCCUGCCCAUGAUGCAUGAAAAACCCUGCGUGUAUGUGUGGAGCUACUGGGAGGAUCACGCCUGGAGACUCUGCAUUUCCAACUGGAUUGUCAAGCUGGCAGAACGCCUGGAACAGGGGCUGGAUGAUGUGGAGAAGCUCUUGAGAAGACCAAAGGCUAAAGCAGAAGAACGACUCAGAGAGGUGCUAGAGGAAUUUGUAGCUGGAUGCAGGCAAUAUUCACUCAAUGCAGAGAGAAAAACGAUGGCACAUCCAAACAACCUGGACAUGUGUCGGACAAAAUACUUGCUGCGCAACGUCAUCCUGCACGCAAAGCAGGGGCUCCGUUUGAGGCGCUGGCUGACUCGAGACAAUGUCAAGGAGAAGGUUAAGGAGACAAGGAGGAUCCUGGCUAAGCUGCGCUUCAUGGCUAAAGAGGGCUCCCCCGAGUUCCUUGGGCAGGCCUUUGCUGUCCCACAGGUGAAGCUGGUUGAUGAGCCAUACACCAAACCUGCCCUGCAGUUCUUUGAUUUCUUCAGAGGCACCAAAGCAGCAGGAGAACUCAUUGCCACUUUUGAGCUGAUUGAGCUGGAUUACAGUGGCUACUUGGAG